AUGAAUGUCCUGCCAAACUUGGGGCGCAGGGAGUGUCUGACGCGUAACGCGUUGCGAUCCGUCGUGUUCGCGAUCGUGUACUAUCCAUGCUCCUUGGGACUGACAUUUUUCCAACAGUGGUUCGUGAAACAGGAGUUUCACUUUCCGUUGUUUAUCGUAUUGUGCCAGUUCUUGAUAAAAUUCUUUACAUCCUGCCUUUAUCGUCUCAUUUACGCAUGUAUCUGUCGACGGCAACGAAUCCUGCUUGACUGGAAAGAGUACGUGAUCGGCACAUCGGCGGCCGGGAUUACCGCGUCACUGGACAUUGGUCUGUCCAACUGGAGCUUCCAGUUCAUCACCAUUUCGCUGUGA